AUGGAUAUCGAUGGUGAAAAGGAAAUUAAGCGCCAAACAAACAAUGAAAUCACACAUACCUGGCCUGGCAGUGGCAAGAACAACGGGAGCUUUCAGCCGUCGCCAAUUUCAAACCACUUCCGUAUCAAUCAAUUCCUGAGCUUCACUGAACAACCGAAUACGCUGUCAACAUACAAAAAGCUCCAAGAUCAAGAGAACCAGCGUGAAGACCCGGCCUUUAGAAAGGAUCUCCUCUCCUCAUGGUCUGAUCAACGUUUCCCGAGCCCGAUCAGCGAAAAUAACAACGUGAUGACAUGCGACAAGUUUCCCAAUAGCGAUAUAGAGAUGACAAGUAGUGCUUCUCGCUCUGCUUCUUCUGCGCUUUUCGCUUCUCAAGUUGGUCCGAAGUUACAACACGAUCCUAAUUCAUACCAAGGACCACCCCAACAAGAUCUUCUCUCCAUCAACGCUCUCGGCCAAGGUCAGCAGCUCAUCUCUCGUCCAAAUACUCCUUCACGCAAGAAGAAGGUCACUUUGUCGAUGGGAUUCCGAGCCGACUGUGACAAAUGCCUGCACAAAGUCCCUGGGCAUUACAGCCACAUUAUACGUACUUGA